CGGCUCGGCACCCGGUCCCGGUAGCGCGUCGUUUGGCUUGCCCGGGACUCGGGAUAUCGGAAUCCGGCGCCGAGCGGCUUCUGCAGGUUAGGUGGCCAUGGAGCAGCUCCUGGCCCAGCUGUGCGGCACCAGCGCAGUGCGGCCGCUGCCGGUGUGGGAAGGAGACACCGCAGGCCACUGCUUCACCCAGCUGGUACUCGGCGCCCUGCCCCACGCGCUGCUCGCCGUGCUCAGUGCCUGCCACCUGGGCCGCCCAAGGAGGCCAGAUUACACCUUACCCUGCAGCCCUGGCUGGCGCCUCCGACUCAUGGCUUCCAUCCUGCUCUCCAUCCUCCCAUUGCUAGACCUCCUUCCAGCUGCUCUGCCACCAGGGGCAGGCCCAGGGCCUCUAGGGCUAGAAGUGUUGGCAGGGUGUGUGGCAGCUGUGGCUUGGAGCAGCCACAGCCUCACCCUAUGGGCAUUGGCUCGUUCCCCUCAUGGCCGCUCCCAGGGGCCCAUGGCCCUGGCUCUGAUUGCCCUUCUGCCAGCCCCAGCCCUAGUGCUAACCCUGCUCUGGCAUUGCCAGCGAGGCACACUUCUGCCCCCACUUCACCCGGGGCCCCUGGUCCGUCUGUGCCUUCUCAUCCUGCAACUGACUGCCCUCUUGGCCUAUGGACUGGGCUGGGCAGCCCCUGGGGGGCCACGAAAAUCCCGGGCCCAGGAGCCCCUCAUAUCUGAGGAUCAAGAACCUGAGGUGGCUGAGGAUGGAGAGAGCUGGCUGUCCCGCCUGUCCUAUGCCUGGCUGGCACCCUUGAUGACCCGGGGGGCCUGUGGCAAGCUCCAGAGACCCCAGGAUACUUGCCGCCUUCCCCACAGGCUGCAUCCGUCCUACCUGGCCCGUGCCUUCCAGGCACAUUGGCAGGAAGGUGCCCGGCUGUGGAGGGCUCUGUAUGGGGCCUUUGGGCGCUGCUACCUGGCACUUGGACUGCUGAAGCUGGUGGGGACCAUGCUGGGAUUCUCAGGGCCCCUGCUGCUCUCCCUGUUGGUGGGCUUCCUAGAGGAGGGGCAGGAACCACUGAGCCAUGGUCUGCUGUAUGCCCUGGGGCUGGCUGGUGGGGCUGUCCUGGGUGCUGUGCUGCAGAAUCAGUAUGGGUAUGAGUUACGGAAGGUGACCCUUCAGGCAAGGGGGGCCGUGCUAAGCAUCCUGUACCGCAAGACUUUACAGCUGGGGCCCCGGCGCCCCCCUGCUGGAGAGGUCUUGAACCUGUUAGGCACUGAUUCUGAGCGCCUGCUUAACUUUGCUGGGAGCUUCCACGAGGCCUGGGGCCUGCCCUUGCAGCUCGCCAUCACCCUCUACCUGCUGUACCAGCAGGUAGGCGUGGCCUUUGUGGGUGGUCUUAUCUUGGCCCUGCUGCUGGUACCUGUCAACAAAGUGAUUGCCACCCGCAUCAUGGCCAGCAACCAGGAGAUGCUACAGCACAAGGAUGCACGAGUUAAGCUCAUGACAGAGCUGCUGAGUGGUGUUCGGGUCAUCAAGUUCUGCGGGUGGGAGCAGGCACUGGGGGCCCGAGUAGAGGCCUGCCGGGCUCGAGAGCUGGGGCGACUCCGUGUCAUCAAAUACCUGGAUGCAGCCUGUGUCUACCUGUGGGCUGCCCUGCCGGUCGUCAUCUCCAUCGUCAUCUUCAUCACCUAUGUUCUCAUGGGGCACCAGCUCACCGCCACCAAGGUGUUCACGGCCCUGGCACUGGUCCGCAUACUCAUCCUACCCCUCAACAACUUCCCUUGGGUGAUCAAUGGCCUGUUGGAGGCCAAAGUGUCCUUGGACCGGAUCCAGCGUUUCCUUGAUCUUCCGAACCACAGCCCCCAGGCAUACUACAGCCCAGAUCCUCCCACAGAGCCAUCGACAGUGUUGGAGCUGCAUGGAGCCCUGUUCUCCUGGGACCCUGUCGGAACCAGCCAGGAAACCUUCAUCAAUCACCUGGAAGUGAAAAAGGGAAUGCUGGUGGGCAUCGUGGGCAAGGUGGGCUGCGGGAAGAGCUCCCUGCUGGCUGCCAUCGCUGGGGAGCUGCACAGGCUGCGUGGACGAGUGGCCGUGUGGGGGCUGUCCAAAGGCUUUGGCCUGGCCACUCAGGAACCCUGGAUCCAGUUUGCCACCAUCCGAGACAACAUCCUCUUUGGGAAGACAUUUGAUGCCCAGCUGUACAGAGACGUGCUGGAGGCCUGUGCCCUGAAUGAUGACCUCAGCAUCCUGCCUGCUGGAGACCAGACAGAGGUCGGAGAGAAGGGUGUAACCCUCAGCGGGGGACAGCGGGCCAGGAUAGCCCUUGCCCGUGCCAUCUACCAGGAAAAGGAACUGUAUCUCCUCGAUGACCCUCUGGCCGCUGUGGAUGCAGACGUGGCCAACCAUCUGCUGCACAGGUGCAUCCUGGGUGUGCUGAGCCAUACCACGCGGCUGCUGUGUACCCACCGCACUGAGUACCUGGAGAGAGCUGACGUGGUACUGCUGAUGGACGCCGGGCGUCUCGUGCAGGCUGGGCCUCCUUCUGAGAUACUGCCAUUGGUACAAGCUGUCCCCAAAGCCUGGGCUGAGGAGGGACAAGAGCCUGACACAGCCAAGGCUGGGUCAGCACAAAACCCAGAGAAAACACAGGAGGGGCUAGAAGUGGAGCAGAGCACAUCUGGCCGCCUGCUGGAGGAAGAAAGCAAGAAGGAGGGCGCAGUGGCUUUGCACGUGUACCGAGCGUAUUGGAGGGCCGUGGGCAACGGCCUGGCCCUGGCCAUCCUCUUCUCCCUGCUCCUCAUGCAAGCCACACGGAAUGCUGCCGACUGGUGGCUCUCCCACUGGAUCUCUCAGCUGAAGGCAGCCAAGAACGGCUCCCAGGAGGUGCCAGCCCCUGCCAGCCUGGGUUCCACGGGCCCCUUCUCUCCACAGCUGCUCCUCUUCACGCCUGGAAGCCUCAGCACCCCGGUGUUCCCACUGCCCAAAGCUGCCCCCAAUGGCUCCUCAGAUGUCCAUUUCUACCUCAUCGUGUACGCGACCAUCGCUGGCCUCAACUCCUUCUGCACCCUUCUCCGGGCAGUGCUGUUCGCGGCAGGCACCCUGCAAGCAGCUACUGCCCUGCAUCACCGCCUGCUGCACCGAGUCCUCAUGGCACCAGUGACUUUCUUCGACUGCACGCCUACGGGCCGGGUCCUAAACCGCUUCUCCUCCGACGUGGCCUGUGUGGACGACAGCCUGCCCUUUAUCCUCAACAUCCUGCUGGCCAACGCCGCGGGCCUGUUGGGCCUCCUGGCUGUGCUGGGCUCUGGGCUGCCCUGGCUGCUGCUGCUGCUGCCGCCCCUGAGCGUCGUCUACUACCGUGUGCAGCGCCACUACAGGGCCUCCUCCCGGGAGCUGCGGCGCCUGGGCAGCCUCACGCUGUCCCCACUCUAUACCCACCUGGCCGACACCUUGGCCGGCCUCCCCGUGCUCCGGGCUGCAGGGGCCACCGACAGGUUUGAGGAAGAGAACCAGCGACUCCUGGAACUAAACCAGAGGUGCCAGUUUGCUGCCAGCGCCACGAUGCAGUGGCUGGACAUUCGGCUGCAGCUCAUGGGGGCAGCAGUGGUCAGUGCCAUUGCAGGCAUCGCCCUGGUGCAGCACCAGCAGGGCCUCGCCAACCCAGGGCUGGUGGGCCUGUCGCUGUCCUACGCCCUGUCUCUCACAGGCCUGCUCUCAGGCCUGGUGAGCAGCUUUACGCAGACGGAAGCCAUGCUGGUGAGCGUGGAGCGGCUGGAGGAGUACUGCUGUGACCUGCCCCAGGAGCCCAAGGGCCAGCCACUGCAGCAGGGUGUCGGCUGGCUGGCCCAGGGCAGUGUGGAGUUCCAGGACGUGGUGUUGGUGUACCGGCCAGGGCUGCCCCACGCCCUGGACGGUGUGACCUUCCGUGUGCAGCCCGGGGAGAAGCUGGGCAUCGUGGGCCGCACUGGCUCGGGCAAGUCUUCCCUGUUGCUGGUGCUCUUCCGGCUGCUGGAGCCCAGUUCGGGGCGGGUGCUGCUCGACGGCGUGGACACCAGGCAGCUGCAGCUGGCCGAGCUCAGGUCCCAGCUGGCUGUCAUCCCCCAGCAGCCCUUUCUGUUCAGUGGGACUGUUCGGGAAAACCUGGACCCCCGGGGCCUACAUGAGGACGAGGCCUUGUGGCAGGCGCUGGAGCAGUGCCACCUGAGGGAGGUGAUUGGCUCCAUGGGUGAGUGCUGGGCCCUGGGAGCAGGGCGGGAGCAGGGGAGGCCGGGCUCUGCAGUGAAGCUGCCCUGGCUCACAGGUGGCCUGGAUGGUGAGCUGGGAGAGGGAGGCCGGAGCUUGUCCCUGGGGCAGAGGCAGCUGCUGUGUCUGGCCAGAGCUCUGCUCACGGAAGCCAAGAUCCUGUGCAUUGAUGAGGCCACGGCAAGUGUGGACCAGAAGACAGAGCAGCUGCUCCAGCAGACUAUCCGCAAACGCUUUGCCAACAAGACCGUACUGACCAUUGCCCACAGGCUCAGCACGAUCCUGAACUCGGACCGCGUACUGGUGCUGCAAGCAGGAAGGGUUGUGGAGCUGGACUCGCCCAGCGCCCUGCGCAGCCAGCCCCAUUCACUGUUCCAGCAGCUGCUGCAGAGCAGCCAGCAGGCAGCCCACCCCUCCCCUUGAGGCCCGAGCCUGCUCCCCGACACCUCCGUCCGUCCAUUCUGCGGCUGGGCCAGCGCACAGGAGCUGACUGCCUGUUUACGCUCUCCUCUGUGGUGCUACCUCUCCCUCCCUUCCCCACAGGGGAGAAGGGCAGCGUGGUUCCUCUGGGCGCACCGCCCCUUGGUGGGCAGAGCCCCGAGGCUUCCCCAGAACCAGGCCUCUGCCCUGGCCCUUCUGCAGCUAGAACUUUUGGUGGGUUUUUCCUGGCAUAGGAGCUCACUUGCAUUUUCAUAUUUUUAUUUGAUAAAAUUCCCAUCUUACAUUCUGUGUAUUAAAAAAAUAAUAUUUCUGGUGUGAGGCUGAAGUCCCCUAAGCAU